AGGUUUAGGACGGGGAAGCCCCGCCCGCCGCCGGGGUGUGACGUCGAGUCGCCAUGGCCAGCUACCCGUACGGGCAGGGCUGCCCAGGAGCUGGACAGGCGCCCGGGGCCCCCCCGGGGAGCUACUGCCCUGGACCCCCCCAUGCUGGAGGGCAGUAUGGCAGGGGGCUACCCCCCGGUGGCAGUUACGGAGGGGGGCCUGCCCCCGGGGGGCCUUACGGACCACCAGCCGCUGGAGGACCCUAUGGGCACCCCAGUCCCGGGGGGCUCCCAUCUGGAACUCCAGGAGGACUGUAUGGCGGUGCGGCCCCAGGGGGUCCCUACGGUCAGCCACCUCCGAAUUCCUACGGACAGGGACCUUACGGACAGGGACCUCCUCCGGGUGGCGUUCCCCCCAAUGUGGAUCCCGAGGCUUAUUCCUGGUUCCAGUCAGUAGACUCUGACCACAGCGGCUACAUCUCCAUCAAGGAGCUGAAGCAGGCCCUGGUCAACUCCAACUGGUCCUCGUUCAACGACGAGACAUGCCUCAUGAUGAUAAACAUGUUCGACAAGACGAAGUCAGGCCGCAUCGACGUCUAUGGAUUCUCGGCCCUGUGGAAGUUCAUCCAGCAGUGGAAGAACCUCUUCCAGCAGUACGACCGGGACCACUCGGGCUCCAUCAGCUACGCCGAGCUGCAGCAAGCUCUGGCCCAAAUGGGCUACAACCUGAGCCCCCAGUUCACGCAGCUCCUGGUCUCCCGCUAUUGCCCGCGCUCCGCCAGCCCUGCCAUGCAGCUCGACCGCUUCAUCCAGGUGUGCACCCAGCUGCAGGUGCUGACCGAGGCUUUCCGGGAGAAGGACACAGCUGUGCAGGGCAGCGUCCGGCUCAGCUUCGAGGACUUCGUCACCAUGACGGCUUCUCGGAUGCUAUGACCCAGCCCGUCUGUAGAGAGCAGAGUGUGCCGAGACCUUGCCUGGCUCCUCAGAGAGGGAGAGCCAGGCGGGCCUCUCCUCUUCUCCUGCCCCUCCUAGAAAAAGAUUCUCCUUUGCCUGAUGGCAGCACUGUUCCUGAAGAGGGCUGGGAGUUUUGUGUCAGUCACCAGACAGUGGGGACCUGGGCUAAGGCCACACGGGUAGUGGCCUAAGAGAGGGCUGGACGUUGAACAUCCUUAGAGCCCUGUGCGUUUCAGUGGCCCAGCCUUGUGCCAGGAGCAGGGGAUGCCAGUCAUUGCGACAGAGUUAGCGCCCAGUCUGCUGGGCUCCAGGCUCUAGGCUGCCGCUUCUGCACCCUAACACCAGGGGUAAGUGUUGUCAGCCUCAUGCCAUUAGCACCCAAGUCCCCUCCCCCUGUACUGUCCUGUCAGAUGAACUCAGUUCCUCCGGAGUGGAAGCUGGCCGAGCAUGGGAGAGGUUUGCCCGCGGGACCAAGUGGCCUGGGUUCCACCCCCCCCCGCCACACCCACGCGUCCGCGUGUGGUGACCAGCUGCCCGGCUGCUGGCCCCGCUCCGGGCUGGCACAGCCUGUGCUCAGGGCGCCCUUGGCCCGGCUGCAGCGCAGACCCCUUGCUCGCCUGCUGUUCUUUGCUUGGUUUCAACCCCCAGGGGACAGAUGCCGCCUCCCACCGCCAAUGCCGGGGUUUUUUUUUCAGCUGUGUUUUUUUUUUUUUUUUUCUUUCGGGGCCAAAAGUCCGGUGAAACUGUAAGCUUCAAUAAAAGCCCAGAACUCUGGA